AUCAACUGCCAUGUUAGUAGUCAGGGAACAAUAAUGAGAGACUCAUGCAAGUCGGUCCAAUUGAGAGAAAGUCAAAUUGUCAUCAUGACGUGAGCUUCACACGCUGGACUUCCCAAAGCAGUCCCCCGUAUCUCGCUUCACCAUUGUUUACCAGUGGCACCGGAGGCAUAAAACAGUGGAAAUGGCCUCGUGGAUCCAGAUUGUCCCAGAGAAUAUACGAGUCGGGGUUUCCAUGUAACAGAAGCCAGAACCUAAAACCGAUGGACUGGUGACAUCAGGACCCACGAAACCCGAUUGUCUACAUAUUUUAACUCCAGGAUGGACGUGUAGAACAUUGAUAGUUCAAUUGUUCUCUUUCCAUAAUUAAAUCAAAGACUUGGUUGGCAUUAACGAUGACAGGUAGCGGUCGAACAAGUGAUGCCCUGAGCAUUCUCUCCCUAUGUAUCCAUGUCAUUCAAUGCAGUAGUGCAAUUGUGGUGCUGGGCAUUACAGCUUGGGCAGUUCAGAACACCAAAACUACUACGGUUAUUUACUCCCUCGUCAUUGCAGUUCUGACCCCUGCAUUAUAUGUCAUCACCUU